UUGUCGGCGAAUAUCAUAUGCAUUUCGGCGGUCCUUCACCCUUAAGUUGAUUCUUGAGGUGGUUGUCGACGCUACCGGGAGAAAAUGUCGGGACAGACUCUGACGGAUCGCAUCGCCGCGGCGCAGUAUCAGCUCACAGGAUCCGAAGUGGCUCGUGCCGUUUGCAAAGCCACCACGCACGAGGUGAUGGCGCCCAAGAAGAAGCACCUGGAUUAUCUGAUCUCAACCACCAAUGAGACAAACGUGAACAUCCCCCAGAUGGCUGACACACUAUUCGAAAGAGCCACUAAUGCCAGCUGGGUGGUUGUGUUCAAAGCUCUAACCACGACCCACCACAUCUGCAUCUACGGCAAUGAGAGAUUCAUCCAGUAUUUGGCCUCAAGGACUUCCCUGUUCAAUCUCAGCAACUUUAUUGACAAAACAGGCUCCCAUGGCUAUGACAUGUCUACAUUCAUCAGACGAUAUGCACGGUACUUAAAUGAGAAGGCGUAUGCUUACCGUGCGAUGGCCUUCGACUUCACUCGAGUUAAGAAAGGAGCUGAAGGAGUGAUGAGGACUAUGGCUCCUGACAAGCUUUUGAAGGCUAUGCCUGCCCUUCAGACUCAAGUGGACACACUGCUGGAGUUUGACGUUCAUCCUAAAGACUUGAAUAAUGGUAUCAUAAAUGGAGCAUUCCUGCUUCUCUUUAAGGAUCUGAUAAAACUCUUCGCCUCCUACAAUGACGGCAUCAUCAAUUUAUUAGAGAAAUAUUUCAAAAUGAAGAAGUCUGAGUGCAAGGAUUCUCUGGACAUUUAUAAGAAAUUUCUCACUCGGGUGACCAAAAUUGCAGAGUUCAUGAAAAUUGCUGAGCAAGUAGGAGUGGAUAAGAAUGACAUCCCUGACAUCUCUUAUGCUCCCACCAGUAUUCUGGAGUCUCUCGAGGCACAUAUGAACAGUCUAGAGGGCAAGAAAGGGGAAGGGUCACCCACAAAAGGCUCACCCACCAAUAACGUGUCUCCAGCCUCCACUCCCGCCAAAUCAGCCGCUGCCGUCCCCACUUUGGAGCCGCCGCGUGCUGAGGCCACGCCUGCUGCUGCUGAAACUGCUACUGAUUCUCUGCUGGAUCUGGACCCGUUGUCUUCCUCUGGACCUUCUACAGGAGCAUCAGCUGCCCCCAUGUCUUGGGGAGAUCUGCUGGGCUCAGAAAUAGGCUCCCUUACAACAGAGACUCUCCUUCCUGACCCAACCCCUGCAGUAGACUCCAGCUCCUCAGCCACGCCUACCACCACAGCCGCUGAGGCAGCCGUUUCUUUGGCUACCCCUCCUUCCGCUGCCGGGGCUUCCUCCGGCUCAGCGGAUCUCCUCGGAGAUGUGUUUGCGGCCCCUGCGGCUGAAACCACUGCUGCUGCAGAAGGUGGGGCCGCAGCAACCACGCCCACUCCUGCUGCCGACAGCAAUGCACCAACCGAAUCUGCAGGCGCUGGAGAGGCCAAACCAGCCACAGCAGCUGCUGGAGGAGAUCUGAUGUCAGCUUUUGAUGGAUUGGGUGAUGUGCUCAUGCCAGCUAUGGCUCCACAGGCAGCAGGGGCCACCUCACCGGUCAAACCCAUGGGAGGAGAUCUGGACUCAGCUAUGGCCAACAUGACCAGCAGUACGUUCUCAUCUACUUUUCACCUGGUGAACUCCAAAAUCAUACAGUCUCUACAUUAA